UCAGUCAGUCAAAGUCAAAUUGGAAAAUCUUGGGAAAUUGCGAAAAUCCUAACUCAAGUGUUAUUUUUAUCGCUAGUGUUUAUUAGAAUGGGAUUACUGACAAUUUAAUUGCGACAUAAAUAAUAAUAAAAUUGACUUUGGACCAGGCUUCCCGAAAGGUGGCUUAUGAGGAACUAUGCCGGAGCAUUUGGAACUUCAACACCUUGUGGACUUGUCGGCGGGAAGCGGCGACGAGACACUGCCAAAUCUCCUUGAAAACAAGCGACCACUGAUAAAAAGAUGUCCGUACCUCGGGCUAAUACUCGCGACGUUAUCAUCUUUGUUUUUCUCACUGUGCUCGGUUAUCGUUAAGAGCCUGGUCAACAUCGAUCCCAUGCAGCUAGCUAUGUUUCGCUUCAUUGGUGUCCUACUACCAACUAUACCUAUAGUGAUAUACACAGAACAACCUGUAUUUCCUCAAGGGAAAAGAGUCCUACUACUAUUACGGUCUAUUGUGGGCACAGUAGGCUUAAUGUUAAGUUUUUAUGCUUUUCGGAACAUGCCAUUAGCUGAUGCAUCAGUUAUAGUAUUUUCAGUUCCUGUCUUUGUUGCAUUGUUUGCUCGAGUGUUCCUAAAAGAACCAUGUGGUAUUUGGAACACAAUAUCCAUUAUACUAACUCUUAUUGGAGUGAUAUUAAUUACACAUCCCCCAUUUUUGUUUGGUGAUGACCCAGGAGCAGAGCAUAACCAGAAUUACAAUAGUCUUAGAGGUGCAGUGGCUGCCUUCAUUUCAACUAUAUUUGGGGCUAAUGCUUAUGUUUUGCUUCGAGUGCUCAAAGGGUUGCAUUUCUCAGUAAUAAUGACAAACUUUGGUGCUAUCGCUAUUUUACAGACCUUGUUUUACUCUUAUGUGUUUGGCGUGUUGUGUAUGCCUAUUUGUGGCACUGAAAGAUUCCUAGUUGUGUGUUUGGCACUGUUUAGUUAUUUGGGACAGAUAUUGUUGACUAUGUCUCUGCAAAUGGAGCAAGCUGGCCCAGUGGCUAUUGCUCGAUCUGCUGACAUUGUAUUUGCGUUUCUCUGGCAAGUCAUGUUCUUCAAUGAGAUACCAAGCAAGUUUUCUGUUUGUGGAGCCAUUUUAGUUUUAAGUUCAGUGAUGUUAGUUGGUCUACGUAAGUGGGCACUUGCUCUGCCCACAGACUCACAAUUGAGAAGUAAGCUUGGUGCACUUGCACGAUAAAUAAUACUCUAUUGACUUUCACUUGCAUACUUUUUAUUGACAUAUUAAUUAUCAUUGGGUAAUAACUUGUUUUUCAGUUCUGAAUGGCUCAGAAGCACUUGAGUGCAUGUAUUUUGGAAAUUAAAUCAGUCCAUAAAAUGUCUCUCCCUCAACAGACAACCUUUGACUAUAGUACAGUAUGUUCUUUUUGAAUGUAGGUACUAUUUAUUAUUUUAGUAUACUUAUUCUCUUUGCACAACUGCAACUACAAACAUACACAUAUAUUCCUAUGUUCAUAUUCACUCGUAUCACUGUUUCAUCCAGUUCUGUAUAUCUGAUUUUCAAGUGUGUAAGAGCCAUUUUGUUAACACACACCUUAACAGUCUACAAACAGUAGUGAGUUUUGCUUAAGUGCUUUAAGUAUGGUAUAAGAAUGGACAGAAACAAUAACUAUUAUAAAUUGUAAUAUUUAAGUAUAACCUUUUCACCCUAAAAGACUGUUUAAUUAAGUCCACUCGAACUUGUGUUGUGUGCAUUGGCCUCUAUUUAUCGAUUUGUCUAGUCAUUGUGUUCUUCAUCGGCUUUAAUAAUUUAGUCCUUAUAUUUAUUAUUACUGUGAUUCGUUGUUCAAAUAUCAUUGUUACUAAAAAGCUUCAUAUUUAAUCAUACUCUGCUUAUACAUAUUUAUUUGUUACCUAUAGUGUGCCUAUUGUUAUCACUCUCAUAUGAUCUCUAAAUGUCUACAUUUCACAGUUACAUAUCACCCAAAGUUAUUUAUGUUCAUUAAAAUGUACUCUUAUUUUAAUAGAAGAAGUCCAUUUACAAUUUUGAACUAUCACAGUAUUAUUUUGUGAAGAAUUAAAUUAGAUAUUUAUUCUCAUUAUCAUCUAGUCAUGUGUAAGUACUAGUCAUUUUAAUCUAGAUAAUUAUGUUUUGUUAAUAUGUAGAAUAAAAACUGAUAUUUUUAUAAAAUCAAAUGCAUCUGAUUAUUUUCUGUAAUAUCUCUCAUAUUCUGUAAUCAGGUAGUUAGUUAACAACUUUCUUGUGUUUAAACUUAAUUCAAAAGUUAAACUAGUCUUUAAUAUUAUAGAUAUGGCACAAUAGUGAAGCAUAGUUUGUUAAAAUAAUUUAUGAAUAAAUCCAUGGAAUGUUUGUUCACAUGUACCUAAAUGUAGGUAAUAGGUAGGUACAAUCAACACAUCUGAAAAACAUCAGUUUAUAAUGGUUUUAAUGCCAAGCUUUUUAUAGUUUGUUGAAUGUAUGCAUAAAGAUACUUUAAAAAAUGUUUAAUGGCAAAAUUGGUGUUGUUGACUGUACAUAAAUUGAUUGGAUUGUGAUAUUUUUACUUCUAGUCAUAAAUACUAUGUACACUGCUUAAUUUAAUAAAUAUAAUGUUCAAUA